AUGGAUGGGGCUAAGCCCUCUAAGGCGGCGCAUUCCAAUGCACCGCCAACAUUUGGCUACCAGACCCGGCUGCUAGAACGGACUGCAUCCCAACGGAGCGGUAACAGCCUACUUUCACGGAGUAAUUCGCAAUCAGGCAUGGGUAUCCUUUCCCAACCGACAGGCUCUUCCACUGCAUCUGCCACUCGCCGCUGGACGCCUUCGCAUAGGGUGACAAACAGUUUAGAUGCCGUGAGAGGGAAAUGGGAGGAAAAGGCCAGGGAAACAAAUGGCGAAGAACCCCGCGUUGCAUCUCCAACGUCCCUCUCCCGCGUUUCCUCUUCAUCCCAACAUACCGGAUCUUCGACAUCAUCAGGGCUUAUUUCUCCCACUGGCUCGAUUUCCAGGCCUGAACGAGAGCGUCGGCCGCCAUCACCAGACAGUCAGCGUACACCCACCUUUCUCAAGCGACACACCAUGCCCGCCCCCAUUAUCGCCACUCCGCUCUCACCCAAUACAACCGGAGUUUCUGUGGAAGCAGACUUUCCAUCUCCUUCAUUUACCACACCCACUCCCAACCGAAUCCACCUUCCUUCCCCAACAGCGUUCCCAUCCACAACAUCUGUUUCGAGCUCCAGAGAUUCCAGUAGUAGUUAUGCUGGGAGGAGUGCUCCUAAGAGUGUCCGAGAGCGGGCACAGACGUUGAAUGCAGCUUCAACUGGAGACAACGCAGCCCCAAACUCCCCGCCUCCAAGACCAACUUCAUCUUUCCCUUCUCCAAUGCGUCGUCCUACGUCUUUAUAUGGCUCAAACCACUCCGCCAUCGACCUCUCUAGACCCCCCUCAACUAUGACAGUCCCCCCUCCACCUCAAAUUCUCCCCGCCGAGGCAUCAUCGGUUAUGUCCCCACCAUCUUAUCGCAGCUCGUAUAUGAAUCGCAGCAAAGCUUCGACUUAUGGCGACCACCUUGUUGUUGGUCGGAAGUUAGGCCGCCAUUUACCGCGCAUAGCCAGUGGCGAUGGUGAAGAAGAUCGCGAUCGUGUUAUGGAAAAUCAAGAGCGCGAAUCUCGCGAGUCACGACGAGUUGCCCGCUUGAGGAGGCAUGAAGUCGAUUUUGACAUACCGCAGAAGUCUCCCCCGCCUGAUAUUGUUGUGCCCGGCCCCAGUGAUGUGACUGGUGUUCCAGGGAGGUUGCGUCUAUCCAAGAAUGCGGCGCCGGUGGCACCUUCUUCCCCUCUGCCUUCUGCUCGACUUACGCGUGGCUUGUGGGCGGACACCCAACGACACCUUAUCCAGGCGUACGAGUAUCUUUGCCACGUCGGUGAAGCGCAACAGUGGAUCGAGGGGUGUCUCAACGAAGAGCUUGAGUUUGGCGUCGUUGAGUUGGAGGAUGGACUACGUAAUGGAGUGAUUCUAGCCAAGCUAGUACGAGUCUUUCGACCAGCAGCUGCCAAGAAGAUUUACGAUGCGCCAAAGCUGGAUUUUCGACAUUCGGACAACAUUAACUAUUUCUUCAACUUCGUACGGGAAGUGGGGCUUCCUGAGGGAUUUAUCUUCGAACUGACCGAUCUGUACGACAAGAAGAAUCUGCCCAAAGUCAUAUAUUGCAUCCAUGCGUUGAGUCACUUGCUCGCUCGACGUGGAAUGGCUCAACGGAUCGGCAACCUUCUUGGCCACCUCAAGUUCUCUGAUGAUCAGCUUCAACGCACACAGAAAGGUCUCAAGGAUGCUGGAGUCCUUAUGCCCAACUUUGGAAAUGUCGGGAAAGAGCUUGCACGCGAAAUCAAUGAGCCAGAGGAAGACAUUGAGACAGAGGAAGAACGCCGCGAUCGACUUUUACUCGACCGAGUGGACUCUAUCAUCGGCCUUCAAGCUCACUGCCGACGAGAGCUAGUUCAACGGGCCCAAGCUACGCAGAAUGCUCGUAUACACCUACACCUUCCCCCGUCACGCGUGACCGCAAUCCAGGCGGUCUGCCGUGGUGUGUUGAUCAGGCGACGGAUUGAACGGUAUCGCCGUUCCAGACAGAAUUUAACACCUUGGGCCAUUGCUUUGCAAGCUGCUGGCCGAGGUCUGCUUGUGCGUCGACGAUGGCAUGCACGACUUGCUCGAAUCCAUCAUUCCUCUCGCUAUGUCGUCAAAAUUCAAGCCCAGCUGAGAGGAGUCCUUACUCGCCGUCGCUACCAUCGUCUGAAGGCCGUCUUCCGGUCCUCUGCCGCUUCAAUCACCAAACUACAAUCACUAGCACGUGCAUCUUUGGCACGUCAACGUCAUCGUCAAGUUGCCAUUUCUUUCCAGCAUCCUCACAUUCGCACAUCAAUCGUAGCUUUCCAGGCAACUUUAAGGGGUCUCCUUGCGCGCAGGCGGGCGGCAUGGCGGGCGCACGUGUUCCGACAUUUAACACCGACUUUCAUAAGACUCCAGGCUCAUUGUCGUGGUGUCAUCAUUCGCCGACGAAUGCGUAAUCAGCAAACGAGACUUAGGAAUACUACCGCUACUAUGGUUCAGAUACAGGCGGCUGCACGGACAUUCCUCGCCCGCAAACGUCUUCUCAAUCUCAUUCGCGGGUUGCGGACAGCGACUCCCGUUCUUGUCGGAAUCCAAGCCAUUGCUCGUGCGAGGCUAGCGCAACAACGGCAUCAGAGCUUGAAUGUUGCCCUGUCUCAGACUAACAUCGUCACCUCGAUUGGCGGCUUCCAAGCUCGGGCCCGCGCUUCCAUUGCACGUAACAAGCACCGUCAACUUCAACAUACACUUGGAUUUGUUGCCCCAGAUGUGGUAGGGCUCCAAGCUGCCUGCCGCAGGGCGCUUGUUCUGAAUGAAUAUCGGGCUUGGAGGGACCAUCUCCGAAACAGUCACCCAAUUGCCACGUUACUGCAGGCCAUGUUGCGUGGCACCAUGCAACGGAAAAAUUUCCGAAGCAGAAUGAACCAUUAUCGCGCCAACCUUAGCAAACUCGUUCAAAUCCAGUCUUUCAUCAGAGCGAAAGAAACAAGAGAGCAAUAUAGACAGCUGACCCUGGGAACGAACGUCUCUGUCGGCACAAUCAAGAAUUUUGUUCAUCUUCUUGACGACUCGGAGGGCGAUUUCCAGGAAGAGGUGAAAGUCGAAAGGUUACGCAAACAGGUGGUGGAAGCCAUCCGAGAAAACCAGGUGUUGGAAAAUGAACUCAGCGAUCUCGAUGUGAAGAUUGCCUUGUUUGUCCGCAACAGACAGAAUGUAGAGGAGGUACUACGUACUAGGCGACUGGGUGCUGACAGCGCUGCGGCUCGGGCUGAGAGGGCCACCAUUCUCGCUGCACAUGGCGAUCCUUUUUCUGGCCCCCAUACCAUCGAUCUCGCUGCUCGUCGUAAGUUGGAGCUUUACCAACAGCUAUUCUAUUUGUUGCAGACGCGAGGUGAAUAUCUGAGUCGUCUCUUCGUUCGCAUGUCGGUAGAUGCUGCCUCGGAGAACAACCGACGUUUCACCGAGAGAGUGGUCCUUACUUUGUUUGGGUUUGGUCAAGAUCGGAGGGAAGAUUUUCUUCUUCUCAAAUUGUUCCAGCUCGCGAUUCAUCAGGAAAUUCAAUCCGCCGGCUCAAUUCACGAAAUCAUUCAUGGCCAUCCUGUCUAUUUGAACAUCGCAGUCCCAUACCUCCGCCGGAAACAGGCAGCAUACGUUCGAGAAACUUUCCAGCAGAUUAUCAUGAAAGUCGUUGACCCAGAAUCCUUCGGUGAACCUCCACUUGACCUUGAAAUAGAUCCGUCCAAAAUUCAUCUGGAGCGUGGUCAACGAGAGGACCUUGAGGCUGGUGUGCACAGAGACCGUAAACCCCUCAACUUCCAUGAAGCGUUACAAGAUGGACCAACACGGGCCGCAUAUAUUCGUGGACUGCAAUCCCUUCAACAUGCCACCACUUGGUUUUUGGACAAGUUUUGCAAUUCGGUUCGACGUAUGCCGUUUAGCACACGCUAUCUUGCUCGGGAAACUCUAAACGCUCUCCAUGAGCGCUUUCCCGGUGAACCCGACAGUCUAUAUGCUGCUUGCAUUGGGAGGUUAGUCUAUUACCGCUGCAUUAACCCGGCUAUUGUCGCCCCCGAAACCUAUGAUAUGGUGCCCAAAACCGUUGAUCUUGGUGCCCGGAAAAAUCUUGAGCAAGUCUCCAAGGUUUUGACCCAGAUUGUCUCUGGAUCCGAGUUUGACGAGGACACUCCUCAAUUCGUCCCAAUCAACGAACUCGUUCGCACAAGCAUCGUGCAGAUGACAACAGCGCUUUUGGACGUUGCCAACGUUCCUGAUGCGGAGACAUUUUUCCAUGCCCAUGAAUUCUUGGACGCGACUGUGCAACCCAAGCCAAUUUAUAUUUCUCCGAAUGAAAUAUACACAAUUCAUGGCCUUCUGUUGCAACACCAGAAUGUCUUGGCACCAGAGGCGAAUGAUGUCCUGAGAACGAUUCUCUCGGAACUUGGGGGUGUGCCCAACCUGGGUAGCGAUGAAUUGAAAGAUGCGAGAGAACAUCCAGUCACUCUUGAGCUCACAAAUCGGUUUGCGGACGUUGAUGAUACCCGAGCAGAAGAAAACACACUUUGGGUCAAAGCGAAAAGAGGUGUUUUGGCUGUUCUUCGUGUCCACCCAGCCCAAAGUCUUGCCGAGUCGCUUUUACGGAAGGUUACUGAGGAGGAUGUACUCAUUUGGGACGAAAUACUCGACGCGGAAGCACAACAUCAACGCGCGCACAAUCGACGGCAGCCUUCCAAUUAUGGCGGCGAUUCCUACAAGCUGGAUGACUUCAAUGAUGAGGAAAGCAAUUUCCAUACCGUCAAAGCCAACGCCAUUGCAUAUCUUCUAAAGCUGGAGAAGAUGGGCAAAGUCUCACGGGACGAUGGUUUCCAGGGAAUUCUCAAUGCCAUCGCGCUUGAUGUCCGCAGCAAGCACCGCAAACGCGUUCAACGCCAACAAGAGAUGGAGUCCAUGCAGGAGGCACUGAAACAACUCGCCAAGAGCAAAAAGCAGCUGGAGGAGCAGAUUCAAAGCUAUCACAGCUACGCUGCUGCGGCCAUGCAAAACAUGCAGCAAAAUGCGCAAAAGAAACGAUGGGUUGUUCCUUUCACGAAGCAAUUCUUCCAUCUCCGUGAUUUGCAACGGUCCGGUGAAAAGCAUCAGCACGGCUCAUUCAUCUACACUGCCAAGUACCUGUACGAGAAAGGCAUUCUACUCUCUAUCGAGCAGUAUUCCCCUCGUCAGUUCGACAAGCUCAACGUGAUUAUGGCGUCCGACAAGCUGGGUGUUUUCGCCAUCACUCUCGAGUCCAACACCAUGGGUAUCGCAAACCGCAUCGGAAGCGAGGACGUCCGCAUGGAAGACCUCUUGCAGGCCAAGUUCGAAAGUCGGCAGUUCAUUUCGCUCAUCAAGGGCAAGGUCAAGGUCAACCUCGAGCGCUUCCUGUUCCAGAUUAAUAAGAAAUUCUAUGUUUAA